CUCAACCGACACCCACUGUAAAAUUUGUUAUUAUCGAAUUUUUCUGUGCAAUUUUUAAUGUCAGCAACAAAACUGCUGCUAAAAAAUAGUAAAAAUGUUUUUAAUUUCGUAAAAAAUAGAAUUCAACGAAAUUUUUAGAAAUAAAAAAAAAGUCUUUCUUUCUAAUUCAAUUGAAUUUCCAGAAUGAGAGUUUUAUUUUGAAAAAAAACAGAAGCAAACAAAAAUGAGUGAACAGUUAAAUAUAACUGUGAGACCAGAAGAUCGUCUCGAUGCCAAAUGGUUGAAAACUGAUUUACAAAGAUUUUUCCGACGAGAUGGAUUGGCAGAAUUGUGGAAUGAAAUGGUUCGUGUUGGUGAAAUUGUUGGUCAUUUUAGUGAUGGUUUAAUAAAUAUUGCUGGUGUACUUGCGAAAAAAGGUGACAGUGGACAUUAUUAUUGUAAUCAAAGAGUACUUUCUUGUCCUUGUUGCGAUGGAAUUUGUGGUCCACAAAGUGGUUGUAAUUGUAUACCAUGUCAAAAAUUGGAUGAAGAAGAAGCAUCGAGAGUAACAUCAUUAGUUGAAAAUAAUAUUCCCACGGAACAUAUGAUUGAUUCUUGGUUAUGGGGUCCACAACCAUCAUCAAGUGAUUUAUCAAAUUGCAUUGAUUCAUCAAUAAGAGAACAAAGAGGUUUAAUACACGAGGCAGCUAAUAGUACAUUAUCGGCAACAAGAUUACGACAACGUUUAGUUAUUGCACGUCGAUAUUUUACAGCUUUAUCACGUUAUAAACCGCAGGAAAUAAGAGAAACUUUACCAUCACCAAAAACUAUCAUCAAACAACAAAAAUUUGUACAACCGAGGGAAAAAGCAUCGCUUGGAUUAGCACGUGUUGGUUCGCGUGCUGCUUUAAAUUUUUCCUUUGCAUAUUUAAGACGUGCAUGGCGUUCCGGUGAGGAUAUUGAUAUUUGCAGUGAAUUAUUAACAGAAUCAUUGGAAGCACUACAAUCAUUACCGGAGGCAACUUUAUUUGAUGAAAAUAAUGUAUCACAAGUUUGGCUUGAAGUUGUUGAAAGAUCGGCAAAAUUUUUACGACAAGUUGUCACAGGAGAAGUUAUUACGGGAAAAUCAUGGUGUCCAGUGCCAGUGACUGAUCAGCAUACAGCACUUUGUUUAUUAUUAGAAUUGGCAACACAAAAAGGAACAUUGUCAAGUAUUUUGGAUUCGGUUAUUCUUCUAUUGCAUCUUAGUGGAAAAUCAAAAAAUCAAGAUAAUCGUGUAAUACCACCUGGUAGUUGUGCGCCAUUAAUUCCAUUACUUCGUCGUUUAAAUAGUAUUGCUGCGCAAAAAACACGAAGAAUUGAUGAUAAUUUAACAACUGGUCCUUGUCAAGUUUUAUUGAAAUAUUUACGUUUACCUGAUGAUGAUAGUGUUGCUGUUGAUUUAAGAAAAGCAGCUGUUAUAAUAAUGUGUCAUUUAAGUCGUUUGGCAACGCCAUUAUUGCCACCAGUUAUUGCCGAUGGUAAAAAUCAAUCAUCAUUUCAAGAGGUAUUAGCGUGGGGUGGAAUAAAAUUUGGUAGCGAUACAUCGCCAUUUUAUUGUGAUGCAAUUGCUGAAAUUGGCGUUAAACAAUUAACAUGCACCGAAAGAGCAUUAAUGAUAUUAUCAUUAAAUGGAAAAGUAUUUAUGAUGUAUUAUGGUUCAGAAAUACAAUAUCCACAGAAAAUUGAUGGAUUUCAUGAGAAAAUUGUCACAAUGAUUGCAUCACAUCCAGAUGGUAAACAUUAUCUUGCACUAACUGAUGAUGGUUGUGUUUAUUCAUGGGGUAAUGGAGAUGGUGGUAGACUUGGACAUGGUGAUAGUAUUUCAUUAGAUGAACCAAUGCAAAUUGAAAUAUUAAAUGAUAAAGGUGUUAAUUUUAUUGCAUGUGGAAGAACAUAUUCGGCGGCUGUUACAAAAAAUGGUGAUUUAUUUACAUGGGGUCGUGGUAGUUAUGGAAGAUUGGGUCAUGGAUUUUGUGAUGAUGUAAUGAUACCAACAUUAGUUACAGCAUUAAAUGGACAUAAAGUAAAUCAUGUUGCAUGUGGUAGUGGUGAUUCACAAACACUUUGUGUAACACAAUCGGGAAUUGUUUUUUCAUGGGGCGAUGGUGAUUAUGGAAAAUUGGGCCGUGGUGGAUCGGACGGUUCAAAAAGUCCAAAAAUAAUUGAUAAACUAUUGGAUUUACAAGUUAUUAAAGUAUAUUGCGGUGGACAAUUUUCAGCAGCAUUAACAAAUGACGGGACAAUUUAUACAUGGGGCAAAGGUGAUGGCUAUCGACUUGGUCAUUCAAAUGAGGAACAUAUUCGUUAUCCAAAAAUAGUUGAUGCUAUGAAAAAUAAAAAAAUACGUGAUCUUUCAGUUGGAAGUGGACAUAUUUUAGUAUUAACUGAAGAUCAAUUAGUUUAUGGCUGGGGAAGAAAUGAUUUUGGACAAAUUGAUCCUUCAUUAUCGGCAACAGUUGCCGAGCCAACAUUGUGUCCGACUUUGUCAACAAAAAGUAUUAUUGGAUUAGUUUGUGGUCCAACGCAAAGUUUUGCAUGGUCAACAUCAACAUGGUCAGUUGCAUCGAAAAUUGCAUUUGUCGUCGAUAUAUGCGAAGAAACAUUUAAAUAUCUUGAUAUAUUGUUAGCAAAAUCAUCGGAGGGUUUACCAGUGACAAGACCACCGACACAGGAUCUUGAAUGUUUACUUGUUUCGUCGUUAAAUUUACUUCGAUUACAAUUACAUGCAAUGAUAACACAUAAUUUUGAUGGUAAAUCAAUUGGAUUGGAAAGUGGUCCACUUUUAAAUUCAAUAAAACAAAAAUGCGUUAAUCUUGCAAGUAAUCCAGGAAUAUUAGCAACAAUACAAACAGCCGCACAGGCUGUAUUACAAACAGGUUGGAGUAUUUUAUUACCAACAGCAAAUGAACGUGCAAAUACAUUAUCGGCAUUUUUAACAAAUUCACCAAGUUUAGAGCCAUCAAUGAUUAAUAAGGGACAACAAUUUAUGGCCGAUUUAUUAGUUUCAAGUUUAAUGGCCGAUGGUGGUUUAGAAUUGGCAUUAAAAAUGGCAAUUAAAAAUGAAAUCACUGAAAAUUUAGAGAAAAAUUCAUCAUCUGAUAAUAAAUCAACAUCAUUACCAUCGACAUCUUCAUCUGUUUCAUCAACACCACCAAUUGCUGUUACAAUUGUAACGGAAACACCACCAGGACCAUCAAAUAUUGAUGAUAAAACAAAAGAAUUCAGUGAUAAUUGUACAAUUUCUUUAUUUCAAUUAGUAAAACAAUUAAUUCGAAAUGGUACAAAUAUCACACAAUCACGAUUUCAAGCAUUACCAAAUGAUAAUUUUUUGAAAAUUGACAAUUCACCAAGUUUAUCUCUUUUAUUAAAAUUUCAACGUUUAUUAAUUGCACAAAUGUUGUCGUGCAUUAAUAAAUCAAUAAAUAAUGAUCAGGAAAUAAUUGGCGUUGAAUCAUUAUUAAAUAAAUAUAUUUGUCAAAUUUGUCAUCAUGUCAAAGAAAUAUUACCAAUUGCCAUUGAAUUGGCAGCGGCAAAUAGUAAAUAUUUUGUUUAUGUUAUUACAAUAUUAAAAGGUGAUAUUUUAAAUGUUCUACUACCGGAAUUAAUUGUUUGUUUAAUAUUAUUGCAAAUUGAUUAUCCAAUGUUAUUAUUAAAUAUGAAUUGGAUGGAUAUAUUAUCACCGCUAUUGGAUAUAUUGGAUCAAUUUAAUAGAUUAUCGCCAACAAUUGAAAAAGAUGAUGCUGAUGAUUUAUCAUGGCCUGGUAUAAUUGCACCACAACAUGGUGGUUGUAAAGUACAAGAUGAACCAUCAUUAAUUCGUUGGGCCGAUUUGGAAAAUCAUAAUCGUGAUGGUGGAUUAUGGAUUGUAAUUAAUAAUAAUGUUUAUGAUGUUCAAGAUAUACGUCAUGAGGGUGCAAUGGAAUUUUUUAAUCGUUUAAUAUUAAAUCGUGAGAAUUUAAAUUCAACAAUAAUAAAUAUUUCAAAUUUAAAUGAUUCACAAACAAUGAUGGAUUCAUGUUUUGUUGGACAUUAUUGUCAGCCUGAAUUAGAAACAACACAAUUUACAAUUGAAGUUACUGAUGUUUGUCUAUCAUUAUUGGAUAUGGAGAGAUCAUUGAGUUUUGUAUUGGGUUUACAUGCUUAUAGAUUACGUCAAAGUUUAGCAAUACAACCAGCUGAAGAGGAAGCUGGUUUAUGGCUUGAGGCAAAUUUUUUACGUGGUGGUCUACAAAUUCUUCAACCACCAAAUCCAUAUGAAGAAGAAAAAGAUGAAGCGCGAAGUAAUAAUUCAACAGCAGCAAAUUCACCAACUGAACCAAGUGUUAAUCCAAUUUUUACAAAAGAUAGAAAAUUAAUUGAUGAUAAAAUAACGGCCUUUAUUCAUGCAUUAGCUGAAAAUCAUAAGACUGAUAAUUAUGUUGAAUCAUUUUUAAAUAUUAUUGAUAGAUUUUGUAAAAUGAAUAAUUUAUUAUCGCACGUUGAUUUUUGUUGUGAUCAUCCUGUUGAGGAAAUUGGUCGUUUAUUAAUGGCUGUUAUUAUAAAACAUCUUGCACUUGGAUAUCAAACUAUUGAAAUUAUUGAUCGUGAAAUUAUUGAUGGUAAUGUAAAAUUAACAAAAUCAUUAGCUGAUAUGGUGAGAAUGAUACAUCAAACAAAAUGGAAUUUAAUAAGAACAAGACAACAACAAAAUCGUAGUUAUAAAGAAGUUUGUGCACCAGCGCAAGAGAGAUGUCGAUUUUUAUUAUAUGAAAUUAGAUCAGCGACAAGUGAUGAAUUAAAAGGACUUAAGGAUUUGAAAAUAUUAUAUACUGUACCAAAAUUUAAAAAAGCUGUACAAACUGUUAUUGCUGAUAUAAGAAAAAGUAAAGAUUCACCAGCAAAACCAGAGGAUAUUGUUAAUACAUCAAUUCAAAAUGCAAAGGUAAAAGGUGAAAAUUCAAAAAGUAUGAUAACAAUGCCAUUAACACCAAAAUUAGAAGAUUUCUCAACAAAUGUAAUUAAACAAUUGACUGAUAAAGUAAAAUAUAAACCAUUAAUAAUGGACGCCAAUGAAUUGAUGAGAAAUAUUAUUAAUUUUGUUGUUACCGAAGAGGGUGGUGAUAUUGAAACAUUACGUCGUGCAAUGUAUUGUCAAAUGCAACGUGUUAAAAUGCGUGUCAAGGGUUUACAUAUUAUUCAACAAUUAUUAAAAAAAGAACAUUUAAUAACAUCAGUGAAAUAUUCAUUAUUAAAUGGUUGGUUGGGUUUAACACAUGAGAAUAAAUUAUUGUCAAGUGGAAUUUCACAUUGUUUGAAAAAUAUUCAAUUAGUCACACCUUAUUUACGUGUUAAGGUAAUAUUAGCUGAGGCAAAAGUUACACAUUGGGCUGUACAAGCAUUAAGAGCUUAUGUUAUACAAGCUGAAUUAUCAAGUAAACCAAAAGCAAGUGGCAAAAGUAGUUUAAAUCAAGAUACAUAUACGUGGUUGAGAAAAUUACCGAGAGCAAGAUUUAUAUUAACAAUAUUGGGAAUGUUAACAAAUUAUCAACAUUCAAAUGAAAUUGGACUAUUAAUUAAUUCGGGAGUUCUCUCAAGUGUUUUAACAUUAUUGAGACAAAUUGGACCAUCAUCAUCGGCGAGAAAUAAUGUUUCAAAAAUAAAAGAAAAUGUGGCAAUUUACGAAGAUGUUGUUCAUAAAAGUAAACCAUUGGCUGUACAAUUAAGUGGAAUUGAAUUGGCUGCUUUGAUGAAAAUUAAUACAAGAGUUGUACGUGGUGUUGAUUGGAAAUGGGGUGAUCAGGAUAGUCCACCACCUGGUGAGGGAACAGUUAUUGGUGAACUUGGUGAGGAUGGUUGGAUUAGAGUCAAAUGGGAUAAUGGUACAACAAACUCAUAUCGAAUGGGUAAAGAAGGAAAAUAUGAUUUAAAAUUAGCAGAACCACCAACACCACCUGAAAGUGAUUCAGAUGAUGAUUCACCAAUGGACACAAAUAAAAUGUAUAAGGAGAAUAUACGUGAAUUACAUCCAACGACAUAUUUAAAAAAAGCAUGUACAAAUUUAUUGCGCGUUAUUUUAUUAUCAUGUGGUAUUGAAGCAAAUAAUGUUCAACCAUCGGCAAUAAAAACAAUUGCAUCUGUUUUACGUGGUAUAAUAUCAUCAGCAAGUAAAAUUGAUACAACAAUACAAACACAAUUGGCAAAAGAUCAUCAUGAUAGUUGGGCAACAUUAGGAUUAUUAAAAGCAAUUGCAAAUUCAUCAAUUAUUUGCCGUUCAUUAAGUACAUCGGCAUGGAUUGAUUUUCUUUUAUCAAUGAUUAUUGAAGAGAAUAUUAAUAUUUAUAAACAAAUAAUAGCAAUACGUUUUUUGAGUAUUGUUUUACCAUCAUGGUCAACAAUGGAUAAUACAGCAAUGAAUUUAUUUUUAGAUAAAACAUUUAAAUUACUUGGUCAAAUGGCGUUGAUGUGUAAUGAAAUGAAUCCUGAAUUACAUGCAAAUAAAUGUCGUGUAUCAUUAACAGCAUCGAGAAGUUCAACAUUAGUUGAGGAAUUGAUUUCAUUGAUACGUUCAUUGCAUUCUUUACCAGGUUGGAAUUUGGUUUUAAAUAAUUUUCUCGAGGGUAAAUUAUCAUUAGCAUCGGAUUUAUUGAGUGAUGGUCCUUUAUUUCAUAUUCAAAUGAAUGAAAAUGGAGGUGAAAAUAGUUUGGCUAUUCAACAGACGGUAAUGGCGGCGUUAAUUGUUGUUGGUGGUUUAGAUACAAGACCAAGAAUUGGUGGAAAAGUUGAUGUCGAUGGACAAAUUGGUACAAUUUGUAAAUUUACACAACAUUCAAAAUUAAUAAUACAAAUGCACAAUAAUGGUAUGAGGCGAAAAAUAUCAUUUGUUGGUUUAAAAAUAAUUGAAGAAAAAUUUCAUUUAGAUCGAAUGUUAAUGUCAGAAUCGCUAUUGGGAAUAUGGGGUAAUUUAUUAUUGGGACAUUGUGGAAUUGAUAAACGACCAGGUGGAAUGCCGGUUAUUGCCGGGGCGGUUAAUAUUUCGAUAUUGAGAAUACAGCAGCAGCAAUUGGCCGCUUUGAAUGCGGGGAAAAAUUUAAUUGAACAUCAAAAUAAAUUACGAAGGGUGCUUAAAUGUUCGACAAUGGAGAAUAAGAAUGAGGAAAUUGAAGAAAAUGAAGAAGGAGAUGAAGAAGAAGAAGAAAUAGAAGUAACACAGGAACAGGAAAUCGGAGAGGAAAAUCAGAUUCGUAGAACUCUUUUUCAGGUUUUAUUAUCAAGGGCAAUAAAACCACAGCCAUUGAAACCGAUUUUCAAACAAGGGGAAUUGGAAGCGGCCGCUUUGGCAGUUUCCCAAUAUCUUGCCUCGGAAUUAAAACACACGGCGAUAAAUCGUUAUGUCUCGGAACCGGAAACACCAGCUUCGGACUGUUCACUAUUGUCGCUAACAUCAAGUCAAAAACGUCACUGCAAAACUGAAAAGAAGGGACCGCCUUUGGUUAGCCAAUUACGAGAAAUGGGAUUUCAUAGAAAAAAUGUGGAAUUUGCUAUAAAGAGCCUCAGUGUCGGUGAGGGGAACAUAACGCCUGAGAAUGUUGUUAGUUGGUUAUUGGAGAAUGCCGAUACAAUAUUGAAUGAUGAGACAUCAAGUUUGGAUGAUUUAUCAGAUUCUGGUGAAGAAUCAAGUGAACAGGAGGAAUCAAUUGUUAAUGAAUCAAUAGCACAGCCGAGUUUUAUGAAAAGAAGUGAUUUUCUAUCGGUUGAUGAAUAUGCAAUUUAUGUACGUGAUAAUGUUACAUCGGGAAUGUUGGUACGAUGUUGUAAAACUUAUGAACAAGUUGAAUAUGGCGAUGUUGGACAAGUUGUGAAAAUUGAUCCAGAAUGUUUACAUGAUUUAAAUGUACAAGUUGCUUGGCAGCAUAAAGGCGAUUCAUAUUGGGUUCGUUUUAUACAUAUUGAAUUAUUGGGACAUCCACCUCAAUUACCGGGUGGUCCAUCAAUGUUGAAAAUUGGCGAUAAAGUGAAAGUUAAAUCAUCAAUAGCAAUGCCAAAAUAUAAAUGGGGUUCGGUGAAUCAUCAGAGUAUUGGUGUUGUUACUGGUGUUUUAAAUAAUGGAAAGGAUGUUUCAGUGGAUUUUCCACAGCAAAGUAGUUGGACUGGUUGUGUUGCUGAAAUGGAUCGUGUACCAUGUUGUCAUCAUGCUGUCGCUUGUAAUUUAUGUCAUUUAUCACCAAUAUCAGGACCAAGAUUUAAAUGCAAGAGUUGUGAGAAUUUUAAUCUUUGUGAAAAUUGUUUUUAUACAAAACGUCAGCAUAGGCAUGGUUUUAAUAGAAUUGCUGAACCUGGUUCGGCGGCUGUUUACGCUGGUAAGCCGGGACGAUAUCAUCGACAGGAGAUUUCUGAAUCGGCAUUAAUUGACGAUUGGUCGAAAUGUAUACGAACAUUGAGUGUUUCGUCGAGGGAAAAUUGGGCAACACGUUUAGUUGAUGGUUCGGGAAAAUAUUGGCAAAGUUGUGGAGCAUUGGGUAAACAUUGGAUACGAUUGGAAAUGCUACCGGGAAUAUUGGUGCAUUCAUUGAAAAUUGUUAUCGAUCCACAGGAUAGUAGUUAUACGCCUUCGUUGAUUGGAAUAAGUGUUGGUGAUUGUUUUACAAAUCUUGUCGAAUUGGUGACAAUAACACCAAAAGCAAUUGAUACAAUUCUGGUUUUAUUGUACGACAUCAAGGAAUAUUAUCCCUGUUUGGAAAUUUCGAUAAAACAAUGUCGAAACGGUGGUAUUGAUUGUAAAAUUCAUUCAUUGCAAAUUAUUGGCAAGAAGAAGGUCUAUCAACUUGCUAAUUCGGUGUCAUUUCUUGCAUCUGAUUGGGAAGUGGUGCAGGAGCAGAUGAUGGCACAACGAGCCACUGAUCAGCAAAAUUCCGCUGUUUAUGUUUGGGGACUAAAUGACAAGGAUCAGCUUGGUGGAUUGAAAGGAUCGAAAAUUAAAUUGCCAAUUUACAGUCAAGUAUUGUCGAAAUUGAAACCAAUACAUAUUGCCGGUGGUAGUAAAACUUUGUUUAUUGUCAGUCAGGAGGGUAAACUUUAUGCUUGUGGUGAAGGGACAAAUGGACGUUUAGGAUUGGGUGACAAUAAUAAUGUUUAUGAACCAAAACCAAUUCCAUUUUUAUCGCAGUAUGUGAUUAAAAAAGUAGCUGUACAUUCAGGUGGAAAGCAUGCUUUAGCAUUAACGCAGGAUGGAAAAAUAUUUUCAUGGGGCGAAGGUGAGGAUGGUAAAUUGGGACAUGGUAAUCGUAUUUCAUUGGAUAAGCCAAGAUUAAUUGAUGUUUUGAAAGCGAAAAGAAUACGUGAUAUUGCAUGUGGUUCGGGACAUUCGGCGGCGAUUGCAAGUAAUGGAGAAUUGUAUACAUGGGGUUUGGGUGAAUAUGGAAGACUUGGACAUGGCGAUGCAAUAACGCAAUUGAAACCAAAAUUAGUUGAGGGAUUAAUUGGACAGAGAGUGAUACAGGUUGCUUGUGGAAGUCGUGAUGCGCAAACAAUGGCAUUAACCGAGAAUGGCUCGGUUUAUUCAUGGGGCGAUGGUGAUUUUGGAAAAUUGGGCCGAGGCGGAAGUGAUGGUUGCUAUUCGCCAUUAUUGGUGGAUCGUCUCAGUGGAUUGGGAGUUGUACAAGUUGAAUGUGGAGCACAAUUUUCAUUGGCAUUGACAAAAUACGGUGAGGUUUGGACAUGGGGUAAAGGGGAUUAUUUUCGUCUUGGUCAUGGUAAUGAUAAUCAUGUGAGAAGACCAACUGUCGUUGAAGGAUUGAGGGGAAAAAAAGUUGUACACGUUGCUGUUGGUGCAUUACAUUGUUUGGCUGUUACGGAUUUAGGACAUGUUUAUGCAUGGGGUGAUAAUGAUCAUGGACAACAGGGUAAUGGUUCGAUAAUUGUUAAUCGAAAACCAUCGAUUGUUCAUGGAUUGGAAGAGGCGAAGGUGAAUAAAGUUGCUUGUGGAUCGAGUCACAGUGUUGCUUGGAUUUUGACAGAUCAGCCAGCUAAUAGUAAUCAGGAGCCUGUUACAUUUCCAACAAUGAAAGAUCCAUUGGGUCAAGGUACAACGGAGCCAAUUGGUGAGAAUUCGAUUUUAAAUACAAAAAUUCAAAGACCUUCAUUGUCGAAUAUUAUUUUGUCAUUGGAGAGUAAUAUUGCGAAACAACAAGCAUUGCAGCAUGUUAUUAAGGCUUUGCAUAUUAUUCAAGCGCGAAUAGCAAUUGUCACUGCUUUACAGAGUCAUAUUAAUUUGUCGUCGUUUAAAAAAGCCACUUCGCCGGAGGAUGCAUCGACUGUUUAUCAAAAUGUUGGUGAAAUUGCCCAAGGUGGUGGUGAAGCACCAGCGGAGGUUAAUUUAAGUCCAAGGGCAACGCCAGAGUCGGAGGAAUUUCCAUUGACUAUUUUUCCAUCGAUGUCAAGUUCCGCUAGUUUAUCAUCGAGGGCUUCAAAAAUGUCGACAAGUGCAAUGAGCGUAAUUGCAGCGACAUUAACAUCGAAUGCACAAGUUGUUGGUGAAGUAAUUAAUUCUGAUAGUGGAACGUUGGAUGAAUUUACAACAAUGUUGAGCGAGGAUGAUGCAAGAAUGUUGAUGGAUCUAUUGAAACUUGCUGUGGCGCAGAGAGUUACUGAUAAUGCAAAAAAUAUAAUAUCUUCUGUUUUAAUAUCAUUGGGUAAAAUUAAUGGAAAUAUUGGUAAUAUGAUUCUUGAAUUGUGUGUCACUGAACUUGAAGAUGCGGCAGCUAAUUCAAAUUUUAGUAAUAAUAGUCCACAGCCUGUGAUACAGGAAACGCCACAUCCUUAUAUUGAUGAUACAACAUUAACGGGUCAUGUGAAAAUACCCGGCGCUGAAGCAUUGAGAAUUGAAUUUGAUCGUCUUUGUUCAACGGAAAGACGACAUGAUCCACUUACAUUAAUGGACAGUGGUGGAAGAUUAAUUGCCAUUAAAUCGGGACGUGAAUGGAGUGAAUGGUCAAGUGAAAUUCGUAUUCAAGGUGAUGAAUUGAGAUGGAGAUUUUCAUCGGAUGGUUCGGUUAAUGGAUGGGGUUGGCGAUUUACGGUACAUCCAAUUGUUGCCACAUUAGCACCGCAUGAACUUGGAUCGGAUAGAGCUGUAUUGUCACAGCCAAGUAUUGCCCUUGUGGAAUGCCUUUUGGAUAAUUGUUUGAUAAAUUCGGAUAAAAAUAUAAUAACAAGAUUGGCAGCAACUUUGGCGCAAUGUUCACAAUUGGGUAAUUUAUCAGCGCAACAAAGAAUGUGGGCUUUGAAAAAAUUACAAGUUGUCUAUCAAAAUGGACCGAGUAUACGUCAAGAUUCGGCGCUUACAAAUUUAUUGGGUUCAUUACCAUUGGCAUUGUUACGACAAUAUGAAUAUGAAGAUCCAAUAGUACGCGGUGGUAAACAAUUGAUGCAUAGUGAUUUUUUCAAAACUUUAGUUGCAUUAGCUUGUGAUUUGGAAUUGGAAACAAUGCCAUGUUGUGGGGAGAUACAUAAAUGGUCGUGGUUUAGAAGAUAUUGUUUGGCGGCGCGUGUUGCAAAAUCAUUGAUUAAUCGAACAACAUUGCCAAAAUCAUUUUGUAUCGAGGUGGCAAAGCGUAUUAAUGAAAUGGUGACGGAUGAGGAUGGAAAUUUAAAGGAUCAGGAGAAUCAUAGUAUUUUUAAACAUGAGCACGAUGAACAACUUUUGCAAUGGUUAAAUCGUCGUCCAGAGGAUUGGACAUUGUCCUGGGAUGGUUCGGGAGCAAUUUAUGGCUGGGGACAUAAUCAUCGGGGACAAUUGGGAGGAUUAGAGGGAGCAAAAAUUAAGGUACCAUCGCCUUGUGAAAGUUUAUCGGCAUUGAGGCCUAUUCAAUUGGCAGGUGGUGAGCAAACAUUAUUUGCUGUGACGGCCGAUGGAAAAAUUUAUUCAACCGGUUAUGGAGCGGCUGGUCGUCUUGGUAUUGGUGGCGCUGAUUCGGUGAUGGUACCAACUUUACUUGAGUCAAUACAACAUAUUUUUAUAAAAAAAGUUGCUGUUAAUUCAGGUGGUAAACAUUGUCUUGCAUUGAGUUCGGAGGGUCAUAUUUAUUCUUGGGGCGAAGGUGAUGAUGGAAAAUUAGGACAUGGUAAUCGUUUAUCGUACGAGAAACCAAGAUUAAUUGAGGCUUUAUUGGGAACUGAGAUUGUUGAUAUUGCAUGUGGUGGACAUCAUAAUGCUGGAAUUACAAGCGCUGGUUGGCUGUACACAUGGGGUAAGGGUCGAUAUGGACGUUUGGGUCAUGGCGAUAGUGAUGAUCAAUUGAGACCAAAAGUUGUUUAUGCAUUGAAGGGUUAUAAAGUUAUUGAUGUUGCAUGCGGAAGUGGUGAUGCACAAACUUUAUGUGUCACUGACGAUGAUAAUGUUUGGAGUUGGGGCGAUGGUGAUUAUGGAAAAUUAGGACGCGGUGGAAGCGAUGGCUGUAAGGUACCAAUGAAAAUAGAAUCACUCGCUGGAUUGGGAGUGAUUAAAGUUGAAUGUGGAAGUCAAUUUUCAGUGGCAUUAACAAGAUCGGGUGCUGUUUAUACUUGGGGUAAAGGUGAUUAUCAUCGUUUGGGUCAUGGAACUGAUGAUCAUGUGAGAAGACCAAGAAAAGUUGCUGCUCUACAGGGAAAGAAAAUUAUUUCAAUAGCAACUGGUUCUUUACAUUGUGUUGCUUGUUCGGAUAAGGGUGAAGUAUUCACAUGGGGCGAUAAUGAUGAAGGACAAUUGGGCGAUGGAACGACGAGUGCAUUACAAAGUCCAAGAAUUGUUCAUACAUUACAGGGGAAAAAAAUAACGAGAGUCGCUUGUGGAAGUGCUCAUACUUUGGCGUGGAGUACAACAAAAACAACGCAUACAAAAUUACCGGCUGUAACACCAAUGGAAUAUGAUUUGGUUAAGGAUUUAUCAUUUUCAGCUUUACGCAAUCGUCUUGUUCUUUUGCAUCAUUUUUCGGAAUUAUUAUGUCCAAAUAUUGCCAUGUUCAGUACUUCGGGUCAUUUGGGAUUAAAUAAAUUGGCACCAAUGUUGGUUUACAGUAUAAAGGAGGCGACAUUUAGAAAAGUUGUUCAAGCAACGAUGGUUCGAGAUAGACAACAUGGUCCUGUCAUUGAAUUAAAUAGAAUUCAGGUGAAAAGAUCAAGAAGUAAAGGUGGUUUAGCUGGUCCCGAUGGUAUAAAAUCAGUUUUUGGUCAAAUGGUUGGCAAAAUGUCUUUUCUAACACAGGAAGUUCUUUUCCUACCUCAUCGCGUAUGGAAAGUCAAAUUUGUCGGCGAGAGUGUUGAUGAUUGUGGCGGUGGUUAUAGCGAAAGUAUUGCAGAGAUGUGCGAUGAACUUCAAAAUGGAUCAUUACCAUUAUUAAUUCCAACUCCAAAUGGUCGUGAUGAUAGUGGAACAAAUAGAGAUUGUUUUUUACUAAAUCCACUUGCAACAUCACAAUUACAUAUGAAUAUGUUCCAAUUUUUAGGAAUUUUAAUGGGAAUAGCAAUAAGAACUGGUAGUCCAUUGAGUUUAAAUUUAGCUGAACCAGUAUGGAAACAAUUAGCUGGAAUUUCUCUAACACCAGCUGAUUUAACUGAAGUUGAUAGAGGUUACGUACCGGGAUUAUUAUGCAUUAGAGAUAUGGAUCCAGAUGAAAAAGUUUUUCAAAGUUUAGAAAUGCCAUUUUCAACUCCAUCGGCUGUUGGUCAUGAUGUUCCUCUAUCAAAUAGAUAUAGAAAAAUAACACCGGAAAAUAGACGGGAAUAUGUAAGAUUAGCACUAAAUUAUAGGCUUCAUGAAUUUGAUGCACAAGUAAAUGCGGUACGAGAAGGUUUAUCAAAAGUUGUUCCUGUUCCAUUAUUAACAUUAUUCAGUGGUUCUGAAUUGGAAACAAUGGUCUGUGGAAGUCCUGAUAUCCCUCUUAGUUUAUUGAAAUCAGUAGCAACAUACAAAGGAAUAGAAGCAACAUCGCCAUUAAUGCAAUGGUUUUGGGAAGUUAUGGAAGAAUUUUCAAAUCAGGAGAGAUCUUUAUUUUUACGUUUUGUUUGGGGAAGAACACGUUUGCCACGAACAAUUGCCGAUUUUCGAGGAAGAGAUUUUGUUUUACAGGUGAUGGACAAAUACAAUCCACCUGAUCAUUUUUUGCCAGAGAGUUAUACAUGCUUUUUCCUAUUAAAAAUGCCAAGAUAUUCGUGUAAACCAGUUUUAAGACAAAAAUUAAAGUACGCAAUUCAUUUUUGUAAAAGUAUUGACACUGAUGAAUAUGCAAGAGUACAAGCUGCGACAAAUUCUGAUACUGAUGACACAGACAGUCUCGCUAGCGAGGAACAUACAUCGCUCUAGCAUUAAUAAGCGUCAUUUAAAAUAUUCCAUUUAGAUUAUUGUCAAAACAUACAAAUUUUCGAUAUUUAUUAUUAUUAUUGUUACUAUAUUUAUGUAACUAUAGUUGAUAUUUGAAAAUAUUUUUUUUUUUUUCAUUAUUCUUCCAGAGAAAAUUGGCUAUGAAUAUCAGAUCAGCACAAAAAAAAGAAAGGACUUAAUUAUUAUUAUUAUUAGUAAUUUGAAAGGAAAUUUAAAUUUUGUGAUAAUUGGACGCCAAUAUGCGCCUAGAGUCGUGAUAUUUUUCAAUUUAUGUAAAUAAUUAUUCUUAAGGUAUGUUAUGUUUUAUUUUUUAUGAUUUCUAGUCUUGAAUUUUUUUUUUUUCCAAUAGUUGCAAAUUUUUUUUUCUUUCAACAAAUGCGCAAAUGUAUAAAGAAUUGUAUAAGCGAAAAUAGUGUAAAUUAAUUGAGUGAAAAUGUUACCUGAGACAGUGUCAAUUUUAGAAAGCGAUUUUUUUUUCUUUUUUUUUUUUUUUAAUUAAAAGUUUUGUUAUUUAUAAACAAUAAUAGAAAAAUUCACUUAUAAAUUAUUAUAUAUAGAAAUUUAAUUAAAUUGCAAUUUAAUUGUAAGUACAA